CACCCCAAGGCUGGACAUGUGGGUGCUGAGCGUGUGUUGGGUGCUGCUGGGCACUCUGGGUGCCGGUUCUGCCCAUUUGGAUUUUGAGCAGAUUCACAGCGUUUCCUUUGAUGUCUGCAAUACAACCGAUAUCGUCAUACCGUGCAGAGUUACUAAUCUACAUAAAUUCGGCAGAGAAGAAAUUUUUAUUAAGUGGAAAUUAAAUGGGAAGGAGUUUUUUACUUAUGAUGGCUAUGAGAACAGGUUUUACAGAAACGAUACUUUUUUGAGUGUAGAUCUACUGGAUAUAUUGAAGCUAACUGCUGGUGUUGCAUCAAUCAAGAUGUCUCCAAAGGAGGCCAUUCCUGGAAACUACACGUGUAUAGUAGUAGAAAGAAAUAGAGAAGGAGAACAUAUAAUUGAACUUCGAUAUGGUUCAGGUAAGUUAUUUGUCUUGUUUUUCUCUGUUAUAUAUCAAGACUGGUGCUUUUAAAGGCUCAUGUAUAAUUUAUCUGGAUUCUUGGGUGAAUGACAAAGUAGCCAGGGGUCCACACAUUUUAGUUUAGUAGCCAGCUAGAAUUGGUGCUGACAAUGGAGUCUUCCCCUCCCCUGAGUCUUUUGUGUCUGCUAGAGGAGGGCAGGGUGGGGUGGGGCUCUUUAUUGAGCUUUAGAAUGGGCAGUGUGCCCAGUGUGGCUUCUGUCUGCAAGACACAGCAUGAGAAGUCUUGUGUUGCAAUGAGUUUUGGCGAAUGUGUUUUGGCUUGCUCAGCACAGCACGAGAAACGUUCCUCCAAAUUCUCUA